AACAUUGGUUUAGACGUGGCUGCUGAUUUCGUUUUCGACCACCGAAAGUUUCGUGCGUUUUUCAGCUGCCUAUUGCUAAACAAAUUGCCUCUGAACUGAGCUUUCCAAUUAAUUUAAGCUGAACACAUCAGCCUGAUCACCAUGAUGGAAGAAGCGGCAGACGACGCUAACGGGGAUUCUACGUUCGAAUUUGUGGCCGUCAAAGACACUGCGAUGCACUCCGACACUGCUGAAGCAAAGCCGGAUGACAGUGCAGCAGGAAGCAUGGAGAGGACACAGCAGAUGACGCCGUCAAGCCCUCCAGUUGUCACGACAGUGCCAACAUCUUUCCAGCCAGCAAUGCCCCCGCAGACGCUGACCCAGAGCCAGGCACCUCUGCGGCCAUCGCCAUUCCAGCACACCCAGGUGACAAGUGCCUAUUCUCCAGGUGGCAUGCACCCGCCGCAGGGUGUGACGGCAGCAGCAGCAGUGGCAGCCCCAGCACCUGGAGCUUAUGCAUCUCAGUUUCCGCCACCCCUGCAGCCUGCCUAUCAACCACCACAAAUGGGAGCCCAGCACCAAUCUCAACCACCGCCACAACAGUAUUACGCAAGUCAACCUAACUACUUCUACCCUGCAAAAUCUGGUUCGGGUGAUCAGUCCUUCUCAGUCUCCCUGCCUGCAGACUACGACCAGAACCUUCCACAGUCGUCAUCUGGCACUGUUGGUGUCUGGGGCUGGUUUAAGGGCAACGAUUUCCUGAACAAGGUGGCAGAGAAAGCUAAGAACUCUGUUGACUCUAUGAUAACAACCUUGGACCCAGGAAUGAAAGAAUUCAUUUAUUCUGGUGGAGACAUUGACAUCCUUGUUGCCUCGCAUGAUGAGAUCCGCAUCAUUGGUCCUGUCCGCGAGGCGUUUCAGAAGAUUUUUGGAAGAGCUACAGUUACAGGUGUUACCAUGCCUCCAUCUAACAUGGCACCCCAGCCUGUUGGAUUUGCAGCUGGUCUGCAAGCGGCCGAGGACAGGAUCACAUCACUCCAACAAACAGGCCGUGUGUCUGCUGCCCAGCCCAUCUUAGCUGUGGAAAGCUUCAUUGUGGAGCUUACGUCAGAUAGCUGGUUUGACAUGCAUUGCCUCGUUCUAAAGGACGACCCAAGUGGACUGUUGCUGCAUACUUUUGGCCAACCAACACCUGUACCUGCUGAGUUCAUUGCAGAAAUGCAAGACAGGACACCCGCUGACUACCCGCUUCGUUGGUGUGGCCUCGCAGUCACAGUUGGAGAAGUGGCAAGCCCUCGUCUGGUGGUGCCACAGUCUGAGUGGAGAGCAAUACUUGGUGGCAUUCCUGAUUCACAGUUGGUUAGUUCUGCCGCUUGUGCCCUGGCCUCUAUGUACAGAAGGGCAUUACGUCGAUGACCGUGUAGUUGGAACUUCUACCUGCUUUUUCUGUGUCGGCUUGUAUAAAAAGUUGCCUUGCAUCUGAUUUGAUGUCAGCUGUACUGGCAGAUGUCACAUGACUGCUAAUGCUUGCCUUGUGCAAGUUGAAACUUCGAAUACAGUGGUUGUACAUGUGUGGAGAAUUUUUAAGAAACCUGACAAGAAGGUGCCAUCGUUAGGGCAAAUGAUACAAUUUUGGUCAAAGCAAGAGGCAGUUGAGAGGAGCUUUGGCAACUGCCACCAUGGUCAAUUGUUUUUCCUGGCACACAUUUAUAGUAGCUGCAAGCUACAAUUUCAUUGUGGUGUAAUACAGCACUUUCUUAUUUCUGUAUUUGCGGACUUCAUUGUGAUUCAUAAAAGGAAAAACUUUGUGGCAUGUCGCAAAUCAUUGGUCAUACUGAUGUGUAUUGGUGACUUUAAAACGGUGUCAAUAUUGCGUACGCACAUGAGCACACGCAGAUUUUUAGAGCCUAGCUCUUAGGCACCCAUUCCUGUGGCGAACGUCGGCUUUCCUCAUAACCGAACGAACGAGCACAGUGCAGGAUGAAAGCGAACGCAGAGUGCGGCGGUAGAUGGAUGAAGAGAGCACGAUGAGGAAAGCGGAGGAGGAGAGUAUUGCAAAAGAGUGAGCAGGAAAGCAGAGUGCCGCACGAGACUACGAAAUGGCACCAUAGUAUUUGUAAUUUGAUUGUAUGCAUGAUGCAAAUUGUUUAGUAAUUUCUGGAAAUCAUGCGGGCACCAGCAAUCACAAUGGAACCUUCGACGAGUCAUGUAUCAAAGCCGACGCGCUUGAGCCGCAGAUAAGGUUUUCGACGAUCAUCGACUCUGCUCACUGCUGUCAUUGUGCUUGAGUGUUAGUAUUUGUCUUGCAAUGUUUUGCUCCAUUUGCAACGUGCCACACGAGACAGAUUGUUCGCAACAGCCCAUACAUCACGAAAUUAAAACAUGUAUGGAGUUGCGCUCUAAUGUUGCAUUAGGGAGUAUCGUAGUUGUUGGUAAAUUUUUCGUUAUAGAGGCAUACCUAGUUGUCUUCAUGGGCCACAUUAAUAAAACAUUUUGGCAGGGACGAGAAUAACGAUAGCUUUGUGUUGGUAAUUGCUAACAUGCACAGGAUCAUGGGUACAUAAGAGAAUGGUAACAUUAUUAAAGUGUUUUGUAGUUGUGAUUUUCUCCACAUUGAAGGUUUUCCUUUGAAUGUUGCUCAUGCUCCAGCAACAUCAUGUAAUGUACACGAGUGGAAAUAUUUCACUCAAAACAAAAUCAUUUUGCUCUUGUACAUUGCCCAGUCUUCCUGGAAGCAGAAUUGAAACAACAUAGUACAGAUCUCAGAAAUGUUGAAAGCAACAGACAAGUAUGUUAAGUGUUGCAAUGUCUGAAUGCCGUUUCCAGAGCUGUAUAGCCUAUUUUAGUAGACAGCACUUCCUCAAGGCCAUAGCGUAGUGGUGCAGAAUAUAAGAAAGCAGUUCAAAAUGUGUAAAGGGGCACUAAAGGACAACAUUAAGUUUAUCUAGAUUGAUAGAUUACUUGUCUAGAAGUCUAUCAUCAUUUUCUGUGUGUGACUAUACCACUUUGUUGCAUCAAAAAUUGUCGACAAAGGUCCCGCUGUUGCUCGUCAAUUUGAACAGCGCACGGUAGAAUGGAUGAGUUGACAAAACCUCCAUGUGAGCUCCCUCUAUGCUGCACUCUGUGAAUCAGCCAGUGCUGAAGCCACACAAGAGUUACCAUAAUUCACAACAGAUUGCACCACCCUGAUUUUCUAGUUUUCUAAUUUUCUUGCUUACAGAAACUGUUCUUACUAUGAAUGACAAAUUUGUUAUUGCAGAAGCGUCAUCUUCCAAUAUUUAGUGCCCCUAUAAAACUACCAAGAACCAGCCCAGAUGCAUGCUGUUAUUAAUGUUUCUGUGCAAUACAGUUAAACCUCAAUAUUACGAACUUCAGUAUAACUAAAUUCUCGACAUAACAAAGUAUUCAACUUUUCGUAACUUCUUGUCCAUGGAAUACCAUGUAUAUAGAACCUGAAUAUAACGAAGUGUAUUUGUAUGCAAUUUCAAUAUAUAAAGAAAUUUCACUGCUGCCGAAAAGGAAUGUCGAGACAGUAGACAGCUUUAGCUGGGUGUCCGCAGCAGCUCUGCAUCCGUAGGAAGCCCGCGGAGGUGGCAGUGCACUUGCACUGUAGGCAGGAGCACGCCCGGUCCCUUGCGUGUGCCCGCAGCCUUUCAAAAGCUGUGUAGCAUUCGCUGCGGGCUGUGCGGCCUUUGCGGGGCGUUCUUGCGUGUCCAUGAGAGUGCAUUUUUGGACAUUGCUCCGGCCGAAGAUAUGACUCUGGCUUUUGGUUUGACUUCGUGGCGACUGAUAUUGGGUGCACAGAUUCAGAAGCUGGCAUAUGGGGACACUGAGUAGCACACUACUGGAUUCUGCUCGUGCAAAUCAGCAAUCCCCUUCUCAACUUUUGCGUCCGGCCAACUAUUGCCAUUUCGUGGGCGCGUGCUUCGCUACCUACGCAUGACCUCGCGCGCUGCAUAGGUGGGUGGUUGCGGGUGUCCAACUAAAGCUGCCUAAUAAAUGGAAACUUCCGUGAACACAGAUAGUCAAAUAAUUGAAUUACAGAUGGCUGCUUGCAAACGCACCUCUCAAAUCACGCACCGCGCGACGAGAGCGACCGCCGUAGUGGAACCACAUCAUGUUCCGUAUAAAGUCCAAGUGUGACAAGAUUCUGUUUGGCCCCGUGCACUGUGCACUUUAGGUGUGAGUGAAAGUGUGCGAGGGGGAUACAAGAAAGAUGGUGGCUGCAGGAGUGCUGCCUUCCCGCACGAGCAAAGGCAAAGAGGGGAAGGGGAGCGAUUUCGCGCGAGAGGGUGGGGGGUAAGUUGGCGCACGUCUCAGCAGUGGCUGAGCAUGGCUGUAACUGUGGUUGAGCGCAUAGACAGCCACACACCCUGUUUUAGAGGUAAUCUACACCGUGUGCAAACAGUGGGCGUGCCGAGAGGGCGUGGCACUUUGUAAGCCAUCUUCCCACAAGUUUCGUAUUGCAGGUUGCGUAAUCUCGAGUUUCGAUGACCCGUUGGAACGAGAGGCAGAUGAAGCAUUUGCUCCCUGCUGCCGGUGCUUUUCCUGAUAGCGCAGUCCCAGUGCGAGCGAUGCUAUCAGCCGCGGGGUGGAGUGCAUGCGAAAGCAUGGCUGGCUUCGCUUGAUUCGUACCGCCGAUGUGAACGUAUCAUCGAUGUAGUGGCAUGAAACCGUAUCAUUCGUUGCCGUCUCCUAAAUUUAUCAUAGUGAAUUGUUUUUUCAUUCAAAUUUGCUUUUUUACGAUUGACCGAUAAUUCAGAAAAUUCUGCGGCCCCUUUCCGUAUAAGAAACGUUGAUCGGCGACUGUACUUAUUUGUAUAAAAGGUCAAAUUUCAAUAUAACGAAGCAAAUUGCCGAUUUUACAGACUUCGUUAUUGCGAGGUUUAACUGUGUUGCUUCUUAUAUUACUGGAAACCAUGUCGUUCAUCCAUAUUGUGCAGACAUGUUUGGCAGGUGUGCAUUCACAUUAAUAGUUUUGUGAGUACAAGACUAGUGAAAGCUGCAACUGGUUGUAAGCAAUGUGUGGUUCCUCUGAGUGAUGUCAGGCGCAUUCAGAUGCGCGCCUGAACCAAUCGCCUCACGUACACAUUUUCUGUAAAACAGCAAGAAACAUAUACUGCAAAGCCUUGAGUUUCUGGGGAGGAUUUUUUACAGUCUUCAAGAUUCAGUCGGUUUGCAGACUGCAAUCCUACAUGUUGGUCUUGCAAGAUGUUCUUCCUUUAAAGAUACACUAAAGGGAAAUAAUAAAUUGGACUGAGCUGGUAGAACACACUUGGAAUUGCUGAUACAUGUCGGUCAUUCUAUGAAUGCAGGCUUCAUGUUCUAGAAAGGCAUCUAACAUUGCCACCUUGGGUUCCUGCAGCAACUACUCAAGGUAUCAAGAGAAAUUGGUAGCACUUGCAUGGGUCCAGUUAACUGUUUAUAUUACCAAUGAAGAACACUUCAUUAAAAAAUAAAAACUCAAUCGAGCAAAUGUUUCUUUUUCUGCAAGAGAGGGCCAGACAUGUGAAAACAUGGGGAUACGUGAUGAUACAUGAAAACAUGGCGAUGAUGUUAAUGAUGUCAUAGUUGGGUGCAACACAAAAAAAAGUAAGUUAGAUUAAGUGCUAAUAGAGCUUUGAAAGGGUAAUCUACCAGUUUAAACUAAUUUAUUAUUUCUCUUCAGUGUCUCUGUAUUUCCUUAUAAUUCAAUAUGUUACGAAUAAGGCCAAGUGUGUGUUUUGUACUUGUGCGAUGUUUAUUUGGCAGGCACAUUGUAAAUUUACUUGUAACAUACUUGCACCCAGGGGCUGUGAGAACAUUGCUCGCUAAAAAACAGCAAGUGCAGGAAAUGGGUCAAUGGCAGUUUGAUUAGCUCUUUUAAUUGGAAUAGCUUAAUAUAUGUAUAAUAAGGUCAGGUGUCUAAAGAUAGAAUGACUAUAGUUAACCAUGUAAGUGUGGGUAUUAUUGUUUACUUUUCUAAUUUAAGCAGCCAUUUGUGAAUACUUGUCUUGUGGUAAAGCACUUACAUAAUGUAUGAUGCAUUCAUAGUUAUAGAUUUGACUUUCACAUGCAAAUUUAAUUUGAUAAGACAUCAAAUUAUGACAAAUUACUGUUCCAAGAACUUGAGCAACAGGGAACAUAAGAGGGAAGUGCUGGCAGGAAGUGUGCAAGAUACUUUUGUGGUGCAUUGCAGAAUGCAUUAUGCAUGUACGUGGCCUCGUGACUAGCAUUCUCUUCAAGCCCUGUGGUAAAUUGUGUUGUAUCUGCACGAUUGCGAAAUGGCUUCAUCCAAUUCUUUGUGGCUUAUAAGGGAUGCUCUGUAAAGACAGGUUUAUCACUGUGACAUGGUGCUGUUUGGUAAUUUUUUUGUUAGUUGUAUGGAGCAGCCAUGCACCUAACCUUUGCAGGGUCAAUAAUUACACCUGAAGAGGACUUGUAACAAGUAGCUUGUUUAGAACAUGUAAAAUACUUUGCGAUGUUUGUCAUUCAAAUGUGAAACGUAGGGCUAAGAGGUUUCUUAUAAAUCUGCUUAUUAUUCUGCUCAUGUAAGUGUGCACAUUGGCAAUGUAAUGUCAGCUGGAGAGUGGCAUCUUCACUGUGAAUCUGUAGUUCUUUGCCAAUCCUGCUCAUGUACUGCAGUUGGCUCUGCCGUCUGUCAGGUGUAGGCCGGUGACAUUAGAUAUGCCUUAGUGGGAGGCUCCGGAUUAAUUUUUAUUGCCCAGGGUUUUCUUUAUUGUGCAGCUGAGUCUAAUACAAGGGGCCUUUACGCAUUCACCUACAUUGGAAUUCAGCUGCGGUGGCUCGUGAAUCGAACGCGUGACCUCGUGCUCGGUAACAAUGUCAUAGUGACAGAGGCACUGCAGUUGCUAAGAAGGUUGUUGUGGAACUGAAAUACAAGCAAUUAAGUUCUGAAUAACACAUAGUGUUCCUAGUGUGUUGCCAUAUAUGUUACUGUUCAUUUUGUGUGCGCUUUUUCGUAUGAAAAACAUGUACUCUUGAAAAGAAAUUACACCCUUUGGGGCUUACAUUGUCCCACAACAAUAGUCAUCUGUCUUGCCCGCAUUUCCUUUCUUUAACACUGCGAGCCCGGUACUUCCCAGUCAUGAAUGGCUUAUGCGUUAUCAGUGUGACACAGCAUUCUCGACAGGAAGGUAGCAAAUGCGGAGUUUGCAAGAAUGGAAAUGCAAGCAAGGCAAAUGACGAUUAUUGUUGUGGGACAAAUCUACACCCCAAAGGGAGCAACGGUUCUAAAAGUGUAGUGUGUUGUGCACAUUUCAGAAAUGGAUUCAAGCAGACUAUUUAUGACACUGUGGGCACUGAGUGACAGCAAAAUGUAUGGCUGUAGAUUUAUUUCAGCUAUCUAUGUUUUUCUAGUGUCUCUGUACAUGCUUUCCUGGCCUCUAUUGUCAGUUAUUGAACCUGCAAAAGGCCAUGGAUGAACCAUUAUGGUAGUUACACCAAACAAUGGCACCAACAAUUUUCCAACCUCUUUGCUAUGGUUUUGUAGUGAUAUUAAGGUUGUAAAGUUUUCUGUGGCACUACGGAAGAUCUUUCUUUUUCAAAAGCUGCUUGUAGUGCUGUGCACUGUGGCUAAUCAAUUACAAGGUGAAGUUAACCAAAUAGAUCGAACUGUGUUAAACUUUAAAACUGCUUAUCAUAGAAUAUUUUAAAAAAGAAAUGCUCAAAUGGUUAUUGCCGUGGUAAGCAAUUUCAUUUCCUCACAUGCGAGUGCUGUUGGUAACCGUGCUUGCCAGCCUGUAACAAGGAUGUGGUUAAAUAUCAGCCAGCUCGUUUGCAAGCCAACGACGCUAUGUGCAAAUCUCAACUGCACGCUAGCUGAAGUGCAGCAUGUAUCCUGUGGAAACUGCUCGCAGUCUCCUAUGAAACUGCCAAGACAGUCCUCCUGGAAUUCCAUACAUUUUUAUUUUCAAUGAAUAAAGCACUUCUCUUAGGCA